UCAACUACACCAACGACAGCAACUACACUAACUACAGCAACUACAGCAACUACAGCAACUACACCAACUAUAUCUACUACACCAAGUACAUUAACUACACGAACUACAGUAACUACACCAACUACAGCAACUACGGCUACUAGAGCAACUACAGCUACUACGCCAGCUACAGCACUACAGUAACUACACCAACUACACUAACUACAUCAACUACACCAACUACAGCAACUACACUAACUACACCAACUACAGCAACUACACUUACUACACUAACUACAGCUACUACACCAACUACAGCAACUACAGCAACUACAGCUACUACACCAACUACAGCUACUACACUAACUACACGAACUACACUAACUACACCAACUACAGCUACUACACCAGCUACACCUACUACAGCUACUACACAAACUACACUAACUACACCAACUACAGCUGCUACACCAACUACAGCUAAUACUGCAACUUCAUCAACUACAGCAACUACGCCAACUACAUUAACUACACCAACUACAGCAACUACACCAACUACACCAACUACACCAACCACUGCAACUACAGCAACUACAGCAACUACUCUAACUAUACCUACUACACCUACUACACCAACUACACUAACUACACCAACUACAGCUACUACACCAACUACACUAACUACACCAACUACAGUAACUACAGCAAUUACAUCAACAUUCUUAUAGUGGGCUUAGUGGUCACUUAA